UUUUUUCUCUCCGGUUCGAGCAGGUCUUAAUGUCCGGAUCAAGCGCUUUGUUCUUUAUAUAGAGCGCGAGCUUAAAGGGAAUAGAGCACGCGCGAGUUCGCGAUGGACUUCCGCGGCCUUUUUCCUUUGAAGUCUAAGCUAAGUGGCUAGCGUGUAGACAAACUCAGAGCCGGCGGUUAGCUUCGAGCUAACAAACAUUCAACAACUUCAAUGUAAAUAAAAUAAAAAACCCCAGACACGGAAUAAAGACCGGAAUCUACAGCUCGCGGUUGUGAGAGAAAUGUCAGAAAUCAGGCGUGAGACAGGAGGAUAUUAUACAGAUCAUCCGUUUGGUCAUUUGAUCGACUCUAUACCAAACGAGAAAAAUGAAGUCCGGAAAUAUUUUAAUCCACAGAAGCUUGGAGAUCCCAAGUAUGAGCGGCUCCCGUACGCCGUCCGCGUGCUGCUCGAGGCUGCCAUCCGGAGGUGCGACGGCUUCUACGUGAAGCAGGAGGACGUGUACAGCAUCCUGAACUGGGAGGAGCGCCAGAACGAGGUGGAGAUUCCAUUCCCCCCGGCGCGAGUGCUGUUGCAGGACUUCACGGGCAUUCCCGCUAUGGUGGACCUGGCCGCCAUGAGAGACGCCGUCGCCAAGAUCGGCGUCGACCCCGACCUCAUCAACCCCAAAUGUCCUACUGACCUUAUAGUAGAUCACUCACUACAGAUUGACUUCAGCAAGUGUUCCAUUCAGAAUGCCCCGAAUCCUGGGGGAGGGGAUGGGCCGGGGCCCCGCUCAGUUCCUGGGCGUCCAGCUCCACGGGGGCAUCACGCCAGCAGCAGUGGUCAGUGUGGAGGACAGAGAGGAGGCUGCUCCAAGGGCUCCUGCUCCGACCCUCCAACCAGAGCCACCGCAGUACAGAUAGAGAACACACCACUUCUGUGCCCUUUCCACCUAAAGCCUGUGUCUGAGCCGGAGACGGCUCUGAAAAACCAGGAGCUGGAGCUCAUACGCAAUAAAGAAAGACUUGAGUUCUUUAAGUGGUGUUCAAAAGCGUUUCAGAAUGUCAGCGUGGUCCCUCCGGACAUUGGCUCGGUCCAUCAGGUGAAUCUGGAGUACCUGUCUCGCGUGGUGCAUGAGAGUGAGGGGUUCGUUUACCCUGACAGCGUUGUGGGGACCGAUUCACACACUACCAUGAUCAAUGGUCUCGGCAUACUCGGCUGGGGAGUUGGAGGUAUAGAGUCCGAGGCGGUAAUGCUGGGUCAGCCGGUCUCUUUCACACUGCCACAGGUUGUUGGCUGUAAGCUCAUUGGCUCAGUCAACUCUCUGGCCACAUCUAUAGACAUCGUCCUUGGGAUCACAAAGCAUUUACGGCAGGCCGCAAUCGCUGGGAGGUUCGUGGAAUUUUUUGGUCCAGGUGUGACUCAGCUCUCUGCUGCAGACCGAACCACCAUAGCGAACAUGUGUCCCGAAUACAGCGCCACAGUCAGCUUUUUUCCAGUAGACGACGUCACAAUCAAGCACUUUAAACAGACCAACUUUACAGAAGAGAAACUAGAAUUUUUGGAGACUUACCUUAAAUCCAUGAAGCUGUUUCGAGCCUCUGCUGACCAGUCAGAAGAUCCGCAUUAUACUGAGGUGAUCGAAAUAAACCUGAGUUCCAUCGUCCCGUACGUCAGUGGACCCAAACGACCACAGGACCGAGUUUCAGUCACCUGCAUGAAGGACGAUUUCCUUAACUGCCUCAAUGAAAAGGUUGGUUUUAAAGGCUUCCACAUCCCGAAGGAAAAGCAGAACACCGCGGUUCCGUUUCUGCACGCCGGCACCGAAUACUCGCUUUCUCACGGUUCGGUCGUCAUCGCUGCCGUCAUCAGCUGCACCAACAACUGCAACCCUUCGGUCAUGCUCACUGCAGGUCUCUUAGCAAAGAAAGCAGUGGAGGCUGGUCUUUGUGUGAAACCAUACAUCAGGACCAGCCUCGCUCCAGGAAGUGGCAUGGUUACACACUACCUCAAUGCCAGUGGAGUGCUGCCUUACCUCAGCCAGCUUGGGUUUGAGGUGAUCGGUUAUGGGUGUGCCACCUGCGUAGGAAACACGGCACCUUUACCGGAAUGUGUAGUAGACGCUAUCAAACAGGGGGAUCUGAUCGCCUGCGGUGUGUUGUCUGGGAACCGGCAUUUUGAAGGCCGUCUCUGCGACUGCGUCCGAGCCAACUACCUAGCCUCACCCCCUCUGGUGGUGGCAUACGCCAUCGCGGGGACGGUCGGAAUCGAUUUCGAGAACGAGCCGCUCGGUGUGAACAGUGAAGGUAAGAAGGUGUUCCUGAAGGACGUGUGGCCAACUAAAGAAGAGGUGCAGGACAUUGAGGAGCACAAGGUCAUCGCCUCGAUAUUCACAGAGCUCAGGAGCAGAAUGCAGAAAGAGAGCACGUUUUGGAACAAGUUGGACGCUCCGGACGCUGUGUUGUUCCCGUGGGAUCCCAAGUCCACGUAUAUUCGCUGUCCUCCGUUCUUCAACAAACUCUCUAAAGACCUUUGUCCUCCCGGGUCCAUCGAGAAUGCUCACGUUCUUCUGUUCCUGGGAGACAAAGUCACCACUGACCACAUCUCUCCUGCAGGGAGCAUCGCUCGGGUCAGCUCUGCCGCCAAGUACCUACAGAGCAAACGCCUGACCCCUCGCGAAUUCAACUCGUACGGCGCACGGAGAGGGAACGAUGCUGUGAUGACUAGAGGGACUUUCGCCAGCAUCAAACUCCUGAACCUUCUCGUCGGCAAACCCGGCCCCAAAACCGUGCACGUGCCUUCGGGACAGACGCUGGACGUGUUCGAGGCGGCGGAGCGCUACCAGAGAGAAGGCAUUCCGCUCAUCAUCCUGGCAGGGAAGGAUUACGGCUCGGGCAACUCUCGAGACUGGGCAGCUAAAGGACCUUACCUACUGGGGGUGCGAGCGGUGAUCGCCGAGAGUUUCGAAAGGAUGCACAAGAACCACCUGGUAGGAAUGGGCAUCGCUCCUCUGCAGUUCCUCCCUGGCCAGAGUGCUAAAAGCCUGGGGCUCAGUGGAAAAGAGCGAUUCUCGAUCCCCAUCCCGGAGCAGAUCACUCCUCAACAGGAGCUGACCGUGCAGACCAGCGCUGGGAAGAGCUUCAGUGUGGUAACUCUCUUCGAGAACGAGAUGGAUGUGGCCUUCUACAGACACGGAGGGGUUCUGAAAUACGUGGCUCGCAGUACGCUGAAGUAACGCCUUUUUCUCAGAUGAUCCACGCGGUCCGUCUCUGGAGAACGUUUGAGUUCAGACUGCAGAUCUCCAGUCACCUUCACCUGCAGAUCCUCAGCUUUUUCAAAGGGCCGGCGUCGUCCCGGCAACGGCUUCUGAUGACACUUUUUUUUUUUUAAUACCUCAGAUUCUGCCGUGCCUGUUUUCUGCUGUUUCACUUUUCCUUAAGUCUCCUGGAGGAUCUACAUCUUUUCGUUUCCUUUCUUUCUUGCACUUAACAAUAGCUGCGCUGUUUUGUUGUCAAUCCUGCCGUCCCACAGAGAUGCGAAAGCUGGUGCAUGUCCGCAGUUCCUGCUAAGCACACGUUGUUUGGGAAGGGGGCGUGGGGGACUGGUGCUAGGCUCUCACACAACUACAUAAUGUCCAGUGUCCACACACACACACACACACACACGUUGGUGCUUUAGCGCUUGCAGGCCAUUACACUGAGAUUCUAGCGGGUUUUUUUUAAACAGACGAUAGUUUAAGCGUACGACGUCAAGCACUCACACACAAAAAAGGCAUAUUACAUAUUUCUUUUCGAUCCCAUCCAAAUCAUCGGUUUGUUAUUUCGGGUCACUGAAGGAUCCUGGAUGUAAUGACUGAAAUAAAUCUAGGAUCAUUACUGUUCCUUCAGUGGUGCAUUACAGGAGAAGGCACUUAUUAACCGUUCGAGUUCAAUCACAGAACAGAAAACCAAACUUAUAAAAACUAAGCCAACAAAGCUUUCGUUCAACUCGUAAUUCCACGUUCGGAAUCACACCUAGCGACACACAUUCAUUCCUGAUUCGUAAGUACUAUAACAUGAGGACCAGUGGGAAAACGGCUGUGAUAACGAGAACAGCCGGAAUGUCGAGAUCACAAGAAAAUUAAUGUCGAAAAUAAUAAAAUGGAAAAAAAGUUUUCUCGUGAUCGCGCCUUAAUUUUUUUCACAACAAAAUUAAGUCACGAUCACGAAAAAGAAACAAAUAUUCUAAUGCACGCGUCUUUGGACUUCUGUAUACAAGUCCUGGUUCCAGACAACUAAGUUUUUUGUUUUCUUUUCAAAUAGAGCUUACGAAUUUGGGAAAAUCAAGCUUCGAGUGCACCAAUAAACUUCGUCUACACUCUUUAUUCGAAUGUUCUGAGGAGCCAAAAAUCCAAUCACAUCCAGGACAGUUCUGAUAAUAACUGCUCCUUUUAUGAACAAAGCCAUCUCGAGUCCCAGAUUGCUGACGAUGAUGAUGAUGGUGGUGUGAUGGUGAUGCUUAUUUUGCCAAACCAGAAUUAAAGCUAUCAUUUUGUCUUCCCCUUUUAAUAAUGUAAAAAAAAAUAUCUGCCUUGAAAUCUUUUUUUUUUUUUUAUGCAUCUAAAACCGUACACCAGACGUGUUCGACUGAAAUAACCGCGUCGAGCAGUUACGGAUGUAGCGCUGUUCCUACAGGUUUUGCAGCGUUUGUAGAUGACAGUAUGCAGCCACACCUGAUUAUUAGAGACAAUUGUGGGAAAGAUGGAACACAAAAAGAAUUGUUGAGUUUUGCUGUUGUAAAUCAUUUUUAAUAAACAUUAUCAAGAA